AUGCGCAUACACGCUAUACUGUUCGUUAGCGCGACGACAAUUUAUGCUCAAACCACUAAUUUCACUACUGGCCAACUUGGCGAUGCACUGCGAUAUGUAGAUAAUCCUCAGGGCGCAGCGUAUCGAGCUAUAGCCACCGAGAACCCGUACAACAUCACUGCUAUGAUCACGGCUGUAUCAGCUGGAGAGAGCGGCACAGAAUUUGCCGUUCAGUUCGACAAUUUGCCCGCUGAAGGCGGUCCUUUUCUUUACCAUAUUCACGCGAUGCCGGUCUCGUCAAAUGGCAACUGCAGCUCGACGCUUGCACAUCUUGAUCCAUAUAUUCGAGGAGAGACUCCGCCCUGCGACCCAAAUCUUCCUGAGACAUGCCAGGUCGGUGAUCUCAGCGGCAAACAUGGUACUGCCAAUGGUACGAGCUUCAAUGCUUCAUUUACGGAUCCGUACGUGUCGCUGAAAGAAGGGGUGGGCGCGUUCUUCGGCAAUCGCUCGUUCGUCCUUCACUUCGCGAACACCUCGCGCAUCGCAUGCGGAAAUUUCUCAGCACUCAGCGAAACAAGCUUGCCUGGAGGAUAUGGGUCCGCAUCCGCAGCAGCUUCGUCUACAGUUGCUGCAAAUGCUACCUCAGUCCUGUCAGAAGCUGUCUCCUCGAUCAGCACUGCUUCGGCCAACGCGACCUCCCUUGCAGGUACGAAGACAAAUUCGGUCGCAUCGACAUCCACAUCGUCUGGUCUUCCUGAGACAGUCGGCACCAACGAUGCUUCGCAACCUGAAAAGGUAUCGGCUUGGAAACUCUUAGCAUGUUUUGUUGCCUUCUGGGGCUUAGUCUGA